CAAACAUCUGCCAUCAAUGACCUCUACGAGCCUGUCGCAGCAGCACCGUGCCGUCAGUAGUGCCCGCAAUGGCUGGAAGACUUGCAGGAAAGCGCUGCGUGGUGACGGCCGCCGCCCAGGGUAUCGGGAGGGCCACGGCGGAGGCCUUCCUGAAAGAGGGCGCGGCGAUGGUAGUAGCCGUAGAUGUCAACGCUGAAAAGCUGAAGGAAUUUACCUCUGAACGGGUGGAGCGCCGUGUGUUGGAUGUGAGGGAUGCUGAGGGGGUGAAGGCACUGGCGAACGACUACCCUGACAUCGACGUCCUCUUCAACUGUGUCGGCAUCGUACACCAGGGAACACUCUUGGAGACCACGGAGCAGGACUGGGACAACAGCUUCGACGUCAAUGUGAAGAGCAUGUUCCUCCUUUGCAAAGCCUUCAUUCCGCAGAUGAUUCGUCGCAGCAAGGGCUCAAUUAUCAACGUAUCUUCAGUGGCCAAUUCUCUGCGAGCCAUAGAGAAACGCACUUUAUACGGCGCCACCAAGGCUGCCGUCAUCGGACUGACAAAGGGAGUAGCCAGGGACCAUGUGCGUCAGGGAAUCAGCUUAUCUUGGCCUAGGUGCAACGUGAUAUGCCCCUCCCCAGUGGCGACCCUCUCCUAUGCAACGUCUGAUCCCGAGGACUCAGACAAGGAACACAUUGUUUACAUAAAAAACAAGAUGAUCGGCCGUCGUGCGAAGCCUGAGGAGGUUGCCAACUUAUGCGUCUAUCUCGCUUCGGAUGAGUCUUCCUACCACACCGGAAAUGUGUUCGUCAUCGAUGGGGGAUUCACACUUUAAGUCUCUACCCCAAGAAUAAAGAGAUUCAUCCA